AUGAAAAAGUAACAACUGCUAAUUCAAAAUACAGAGCAACUGAAUUAUCAUAUCAACCAACCAACUCAGAUGCAUCUGUUUUGAUCAUGUAUCUAGAAUUUCUUAAAACUGCCAUUGAAGCUUCAAUUGAAGCAAAAAUUAUUAUAUCUAGAGUAUAA